UGGCUGUCAAAUUGUUGCUGUGUUGUUGUCAACAACAAUCAACAACAACGCCCCGGAGAAUGGGUAGAACUGUCAAAACUGCAUCGGCGAGAGAGCGAACGAUCGCGGACGUGUGACGCGACGAGAGAUAACUCAGUUUUCCACCGUUUCGCGAGAGCCGCGAGGGUUCAGUGGCCACCUGUGAGACUGUGUUGGAAGACGGCAACGGCCAGUCGGAGUAAUACCUUUGAUGCGUACGCAGGCUCUAGUAACGGUAACGGCAGCAGCAGUGUGGAUUGUGCUAGACACCGGAAAAGUCCGUGUGGUAGCAGCAGGCCGAUUUUUUUUUCUAUGUUGCAGAGAAUAGAGCGCGGAAAAGCGAGCGUUAAGAAAAACCGGUGAGGGGGAAGAAGAAGAAAAUUCCACACCGAUCGCGAUCGCGGAUUCGAAGAACGUCUGUUUAUGAGUGAGUGAGUGUAAUUGUCUGCCACAGUUUUUUGAGUGAGUGAGUUUAGUGCCUGUAAGUGUGUGUGGAAUCGAUAGUAAUGGCGAUGGAAAUUAGGAAGUGAUUUUGAGAAAAAAUAACAUAAAGAAAUCCUAUCGCAAAUAGCAUGAUAACAUAUCAUCUGCAGUGGUAAAAAAGGAAGCAAGAAUUAGUGUUUCAAGAGUGGUUUGCUUGGUCACUUAAAUCAGUGCAAUCGGUUUAAUCAAAAUUACGUUAAAGAAGAUUGAGUCAUUGCGAGCAUUCCUGGAUACUGAUUUCAUUGAAGCAAAAAUACUGAUUUGAGCUCAAGAUUAAACCAGAAGUCAAUGUGGCGUCAAAAUGGUUAUCGUUACACGGGGUGAUUAUAUCUGGAUCGAGCCCGUGUCCGGACGUGAGUUCGAUGUAGCGAUCGGGGCACGUGUAAUCUCAGCGGAAGGACGUCGGAUUCAGGUGCGCGACGACGACGGCAACGAACAAUGGCUGACACCGGAGCGACGCAUCAAGGCGAUGCAUGCGUCCUCGGUGCAGGGCGUCGAGGAUAUGAUAUCGCUCGGCGACCUGCACGAGGCCGGCAUCCUGCGAAACCUGCUCAUCCGCUACAACGAAAAUCUGAUCUACACGUACACCGGUUCCAUUUUGGUCGCUGUCAACCCGUACCAGAUACUUCCCAUCUACACCGCCGACCAGAUCAAGCUGUACAAGGAGCGCAAGAUCGGUGAACUGCCGCCGCACAUUUUCGCCAUCGGUGACAACUCGUACGCACACAUGCGCCGGUACGGGCAGGAUCAGUGUAUCGUCAUUUCGGGCGAGUCGGGCGCCGGCAAGACGGAAAGUACAAAGCUGAUCCUGCAGUAUCUGGCCGCGAUCAGUGGCAAACACUCGUGGAUCGAGCAACAGAUCCUGGAAGCGAAUCCGAUUCUGGAAGCGUUCGGUAAUGCGAAAACGGUGCGCAAUGACAACUCGUCCCGGUUCGGCAAGUACAUCGACAUCCACUUUAACAGUGCCGGUGUCAUUGAGGGUGCAAAGAUCGAACAGUACCUGCUGGAAAAGUCGCGCAUCGUGUCGCAGAAUGCAGACGAGCGGAACUAUCACAUAUUCUACUGUUUGCUUGCUGGGCUAUCGCCCGAGGAAAAGCGUCGGCUGGAUCUUGGGCAGGCGUCCGAUUAUCGGUAUCUUACCGGGGGUGGUUGUAUUCGGUGCGAUGGACGUAACGAUGCGGCCGAGUUUGCGGACAUCCGGUCGGCGAUGAAGGUGCUAUGCUUCUCGGAUCACGAGAUCUGGGAAAUCUUGAAGCUGCUUGCCGCCCUACUGCACACGGGCAACAUCAAGUACAAUGCGACCGUGAUCGAUAAUCUGGACGCGACGGAAAUUCCGGAGCAUAUCAACGUGGAGCGGGUGGCGAACCUGCUCGAAGUGCCGCUGCAACCGUUCAUCGAUGCCCUCACGCGCAAAACACUGUUUGCGCACGGCGAAACGGUCGUGUCGACGCUUUCCCGCGACCAGUCGAUGGAUGUGCGGGACGCGUUCGUGAAGGGCAUCUACGGGCGACUGUUUGUGCUGAUCGUGAAAAAGAUCAACCAGGCCAUCUACAAACCGAAGUCAUCGACACGCAGUGCCAUCGGUGUGCUGGACAUCUUCGGCUUCGAAAACUUCGACCACAACAGCUUCGAGCAGUUCUGCAUCAACUUUGCGAACGAAAAUCUGCAGCAGUUCUUCGUGCAGCACAUCUUCAAGCUCGAGCAGGAGGAGUACAAUCACGAAAGCAUCAACUGGCAGCACAUCGAGUUUGUGGACAACCAGGACGCGCUGGAUCUGAUCGCGAUCAAGCAGCUGAACAUUAUGGCGCUGAUCGACGAGGAGAGCAAGUUCCCGAAAGGCACGGAUCAGACGAUGUUGGCGAAGCUGCACAAAACGCACGGCACGCAUCGGAACUACCUGAAGCCGAAGUCCGACAUUAACACCAGCUUUGGGUUGAAUCAUUUUGCUGGGGUAGUGUUUUACGAUACGCGAGGUUUCCUUGAGAAGAAUCGCGAUACGUUUAGCGCCGAUCUGCUGCAGCUCAUUUCGAGCUCCACCAACAAAUUCUUGCAGUUGGUGUUUGCGGAGGACAUCGGGAUGGGAGCGGAAACACGCAAACGCACACCGACCCUUUCGACGCAGUUCAAGAAGAGUCUCGAUUCGUUGAUGAAAACACUGAGCCAGUGUCAGCCGUUCUUCAUCCGGUGCAUUAAGCCGAACGAGCUGAAGAAGCCGAUGAUGUUCGAUCGGGCACUGUGCUGUCGGCAGCUGCGUUACUCGGGCAUGAUGGAGACGAUCCGCAUCCGGCGUGCCGGGUAUCCGAUUCGACACAACUUCCGCGACUUUGUCGAGCGGUAUCGGUUCCUGAUAAAUGGCAUUCCACCUGCCCAUCGGACCGACUGUCGGAUGGCCACGUCGAAGAUUUGUGCAACGGUGCUCGGACGGUCUGACUAUCAGCUAGGUCACACGAAAGUUUUCCUCAAGGAUGCACACGACCUGUUUCUGGAGCAGGAGCGGGACAGGGUGUUGACGCGUAAGAUCUUGAUCCUCCAACGAUCGAUCCGUGGUUGGGUGUACCGGAGGCGGUUCUUGCGCAUGCGUCAGGCAGCCGUUACGAUUCAGAAGUACUGGAAGGGGUACGCCCAACGGCAACGUUACAAGAAGAUGCGCAUCGGGUACAUGCGGUUACAGGCGUUGAUUCGAUCGCGUGUGCUUAGCCACCGGUUCCGCCAUCUGCGGGGACACAUCGUGCGACUGCAGGCCCGCAUCCGUGGCUAUCUGGUGAGGCGUGAGUACGGACACAAGAUGUGGGCGGUUAUCAAAAUCCAAUCCCACGUACGGCGGAUGAUUGCGAUGAAGCGCUACCACAAGCUGAAGCUGGAAUUCCGGCGUCAUCACGAGGCAUUACGCUUACGGCGUAUGGAGGAGGAAGAGCUGAAGCAUCAGGGCAACAAGCGGGCGAAGGAAAUAGCCGAACAGCACUACCGCGAUCGGUUGAACGAGAUCGAGCGAAAGGAGAUGGAGAUUGAGCUGGAAGAGAGAAGGCGUGUGGAGGUGAAGAAGAACAUCAUCAAUGAUGCGGCCCGGAAAGCGGAUGAACCGGUCGACGAUAGUAAGCUGGUGGAGGCGAUGUUUGACUUCCUGCCCGACUCUAGUAGUGAAGCACCGACGCCUCACGGUGGCCGGGAAACGUCCGUGUUUAACGAUCUUCCAGUGAAUGCCGGCAGUCACGACGACAUCAUCGGUCCGAUACACACCAUCUCGGAGGACGAGGAAGAUCUGUCGGAGUUCAAGUUCCAGAAGUUCGCUGCCACCUACUUCCAGGGCAACAUUACGCACUACUACUCACGGAAACCGCUCAAACAUCCGCUUCUACCGCUGCACACGCAAGGAGAUCAGUUGGCUGCACAGGCACUGUGGAUCACAAUCCUGCGCUUUACCGGAGAUCUACCAGAGCCACGGUACCACACGAUGGAUCGCGACAAUACGUCCGUCAUGUCGAAGGUAACGGCAACACUCGGACGUAACUUUAUCCGCAGCAAGGAGUUCCAGGAGGCCCAGAUGAUGGGUCUAGAUCCGGAAGCGUUCCUCAAGCAGAAACCCCGCUCCAUUCGCCACAAGCUGGUAUCGCUAACGCUCAAACGGAAGAACAAGCUGGGCGAAGAUGUGCGUCGACGGCUGCAGGAUGAGGAGUACACGGCCGAUAGCUACCAAUCGUGGCUAGAGUCCCGUCCAACGUCCAAUUUAGAAAAGCUGCAUUUUAUCAUCGGUCACGGUAUACUGCGGGCGGAGCUGCGUGAUGAGAUCUACUGUCAGAUCUGCAAACAGCUCACAAACAACCCGUCAAAGUCAUCGCACGCACGUGGCUGGAUCUUGCUGUCCCUGUGCGUUGGUUGCUUUGCCCCGUCGGAGAAGUUCGUCAACUAUCUGCGCUCGUUCAUCCGGGAAGGACCUCCGGGCUAUGCGCCUUACUGUGAGGAACGCUUGAAGCGUACGUUCAACAAUGGCACCCGCAAUCAACCUCCAUCUUGGCUGGAGCUUCAGGCAACGAAGUCGAAAAAACCGAUCAUGCUUCCGAUCACGUUUAUGGAUGGCAACACGAAAACGUUGCUGGCGGACUCGGCUACAACCGCGCGGGAGCUGUGCAAUCAACUGUCGGACAAGAUCACACUAAAGGAUCAGUUUGGAUUUUCGCUUUACAUCGCGCUGUUCGACAAGGUGUCCUCGCUGGGCAGUGGUGGAGACCAUGUGAUGGAUGCCAUUUCACAGUGCGAACAGUACGCGAAGGAACAGGGCGCUCAGGAACGGAACGCACCGUGGCGAUUGUUCUUCCGCAAGGAGAUUUUCGCUCCCUGGCAUAACCCGAUCGAGGAUCAGGUGGCAACGAAUCUAAUCUAUCAGCAGGUCGUUAGAGGCGUUAAGUUUGGGGAGUAUCGGUGCGAUAAGGAGGAAGAUUUGGCGAUGAUUGCGGCGCAACAGUACUACAUCGAGUACAGUACGGACAUGUCGAUGGAUCGGUUGUACACGCUGUUGCCCAACUUCAUACCCGACUACUGUCUGACCGGCAUCGAGAAGGCAAUCGAUCGCUGGGCGGCACUGGUGCUAACGGCGUACAAGAAGAGCUACUAUCUGAAGGAAAAGGCGGCCGCGCUGAAGGUGAAGGAGGACGUCGUGAGCUAUGCGAAGUAUAAAUGGCCACUGCUAUUUUCGCGGUUCUAUGAAGCUUAUAGAAACUCUGGUCCAAAUCUGCCGAAGAACGACGUUAUCAUUGCGGUCAACUGGACAGGUGUGUAUGUGGUAGACGAUCAGGAACAGGUGCUGCUGGAGUUGUCCUUCCCGGAGAUAACGGCCGUAUCGAGUCAAAAGACGAACAAGGUGUUCACGCAAACGUUCUCGCUGUCGACGGUACGGAACGAGGAGUUCACCUUCCAGAGCCCGAACGCCGAGGACAUACGGGAUCUGGUGGUGUACUUCCUAGAGGGAUUAAAGAAACGCUCAAAGUUUGUGAUAGCCCUGCAAGACUACAAGGCACCGGGAGAAGGAACCAGCUUCCUGUCCUUCCUGAAGGGUGAUCUGAUUAUUCUGGAGGACGAAAGCACCGGUGAGACGGUGUUGAAUUCUGGUUGGUGUAUAGGUUGUUGUGAGCGGACGCAAGAGCGAGGAGACUUCCCAGCGGAAAUCGUAUACGUGCUGCCCACUCUCACGAAACCUCCCCCAGACAUUCUGGCCCUGUUUAGCGUCGAGGAUGCUCAUCACGGCAAGCGCCUGAAUUCGGUUCACUCGAACGGCAGCACCGAGGGACGGGACCGACCGCACAAUUUGGCCGAAUACUCGCUCGAUCACUUCCGGCCACCACCGAAGCGGACCAUGUCGAAGGCGCUCAGCACGCUCAGCUCGAAGGGCCGCGGAGGUGACGAGCUGUGGCGCUACUCGCGUGAACCGCUCAAGCAACCGCUGCUGAAGAAGCUGCUCGCCAAGGAGGAACUGGCCGAGGAGUCCUGCCUAGCAUUCAUUGCCAUCAUGAAGUACAUGGGAGAUCUGCCAUCGAAGCGGCCACGUAUCGGCAACGAAAUCACCGACCACAUCUUCGACGGGCCGCUCAAGCACGAGAUCCUGCGCGACGAAAUCUACUGCCAGCUGAUGAAGCAGCUGACGGACAACCGGAACCGGCUGUCGGAGGAGCGCGGCUGGGAGCUGAUGUGGCUGUCGACCGGGCUGUUCGCGUGCAGUCAGCAGUUGCUGAAGGAGCUGACCCUGUUUCUGCGUACCCGGCGCCAUCCGAUAUCGCAGGAUUCGUUGCACCGGCUGCAGAAAACGAUCCGCAACGGGCAGCGCAAGUACCCGCCGCAUCAGGUCGAGGUGGAAGCGAUCCAGCACAAGACGACACAGAUCUUCCACAAGGUGUACUUCCCGGACGAUACGGACGAAGCGUUCGAGGUGGACUCGUCGACGCGCGCCAAGGACUUCUGCCACAACAUCUCGCAGCGGUUGAAUCUGCGCUCGAGCGAAGGUUUCAGCCUGUUCGUGAAGAUCGCCGACAAGGUAAUCUCAGUGCCAGAGGGAGACUUCUUCUUCGACUUUGUGCGCCAUCUGACGGACUGGAUCAAGAAGGCACGGCCGACGCGGGACGGAUCGAACCCCCAGUUCACGUACCAGGUGUUCUUCAUGAAGAAGCUGUGGACGAACACGGUGCCCGGGAAGGACAAGAAUGCGGAUUUGAUCUUCCACUACCAUCAGGAGCUGCCGAAGCUGUUGCGUGGCUAUCACAAAUGUUCCAAGGAGGAAGCGAUCAAGCUGGCAGCGCUGGUGUACCGUGUGCGGUUCGGUGAGAGUAAACAGGAGCUGCAAGCAAUACCGCAAAUGCUACGCGAGCUGAUACCGUCCGAUCUGAUCAAGCUGCAGAACGUGAACGAUUGGAAACGAUCGAUCGUGGCUGCGUACAACCAGGAUGCCGGCAUGUCGCCGGAGGAUGCCAAAAUUACAUUCCUUAAGAUCGUGUACAGAUGGCCAACGUUUGGUUCGGCAUUCUUCGAGGUGAAACAGACAACCGAACCCAACUAUCCGGAAAUGUUGCUGAUCGCGAUCAACAAGCACGGUGUUAGCUUAAUUCAUCCCACGUCUAAGGACAUCUUGGUAACGCACCCGUUCACACGCAUCUCGAACUGGUCAUCCGGUAACACCUACUUCCACAUGACGAUCGGCAACCUGGUGCGUGGCUCGAAGCUGCUGUGCGAAACAUCUCUCGGCUACAAGAUGGACGAUCUGCUCACGUCCUACAUCUCCCUUAUGCUGACCAACAUGAACAAGCAGCGCACGAUCCGCGUCAAGUAAAGACGAUUCGUGCAGCAGUCGUGUACCAGUUCCGUCCAUGGGAGAGGAAGCAGCAUUAGCGGUCGGCUACUCUGUACUAGCUAUUAGUUCUGGAAUUCUGGAAGCAAAAGUCGUAUUAAUGGAGAUACAUUAGCACAAAUAUUUAUCACGAUCGCGCUAUGGUAAGACAGACAGUGUCCUCUACUGUCCUCGGCAUCGGUUGAGUUAAGGACAUGUGAAAAUGAACCACACCACAUCGACCGAGAAAAACAUUUGUUGAUUGAUGCGCAAAAGCUAGGAAACACUAAGAAGAAACACAACAAAAAAGGUAGACAUUAGCUUUUGUCCCCUCUCGUAGUUAGAUUGUUUUUAUUGAUUUGAACUACUCAAACUGGCACCCCCUCCCCCGGGGGAGGAAUACGAGGGUAAUGUGAAUUUCUAAAUUUUAAAUCAAAACAAUGGCAUUUGGUAGUUUUUAUGCGGGACAAGUUUACGGCGAACGAGAGAGAGAGAGAGUGGGAGAACGUUGUCGUUUUAAGGUGUGAAAAGUGGCAAGCAAUUCGUCCGCGUAACUCAACGGGCCGGCUCCAGGAUUGCUUGUGUGUAAAGAUGGCGCACACAUCCUCAUUAGAUAAGGAGGGGGAAAAAAACAUUCUUCCACAUACUUUUUGGCCCUUUCAUUCACUCUAUUCGAUAGGCAUUAGGCUCCUUUUUUGCUAUAUUUUAUCGUUCGCGCCUUUUUUUUUUGUUUCUUUCCUCUGCGGCGACUAGCAGGAUAGCAUUAAGGCAACCACACGUUACACGCUAGUUAUUAUUGCUGAUGGAUUUAUUAUAAAAAACGAGCUGCUAUUAAUAAUAUUAUUGAACUUGCUGUAAUGAAUAUUAAUUUCUUUUAUUGUAGCUGUACGUGUGCGAGCGUAUGUGUGUGUGUGUGAGUUUGUUUGCGCAUUGCGUACGGUUGGGAAGGCUCAUAUGCCUUCAUGCAGGAUGAUGCAGAUUCGGCUUUGAUUUGAAAGAGAGCGAACAAAUCAAACAAAAACAUGGUGGUUAGCUAGUUCUUUACGUUACGAUGGCGAUCUAUAGCGGCAGAAUGUGGGGGUGAAAUUGGAUGAAGUGAAAGCAAAAAAAAAAAGUCCGGUGUUGUUAGCACGUUGGGAGCGUUUUUAGUUACUUAUUUCCGAGAUCGAAAUCUAUGCAAUAAACACAAACAGAAUUGAAAAAUAA